GUCGUGUCGUUCGCCAACACAAAACGCUUACUCAAGUGUCAAUCGUCGGCCGGUCAACACGCGUUUCCUUUCGUUCUCGGCGAAGCCUUUUCCGUGAAGAGGAAUCAUUCCAUCUAGUGGAAGUGCUAUCAAAUUUUUAAGUGUUAUUUAUUCUAGCCGCUAGCUACCGAAUCAAAGAUGGUCUAUAUCGUCAAGGAUGGUGCCGAUUUCGACAGCCGACUUGAGGCUGCUGGCGACAAGCUGGUCUUGGUGGAUUUCUUUGCCACGUGGUGCGGCCCUUGCAAGGUGAUCGCCCCCAAGCUGGAUGAACUGCAAGCCAAACACGCCGAUAGAGUCGUAAUCAUCAAGGUCGACGUGGACGAGUGCGAAGAGCUGGCCAUCAAGUAUAACAUUUCCAGCAUGCCCACUUUCCUGUACAUAAAGAACAAGGAUGUCGUCUACCAGUUCUCCGGUGCCAACGCCGAGAGGCUGGAAACAUUAAUCUUGAAAUACAGCGAGUAAGUGCUUCAUCCCUAACUCCACCACUCGUAUUUAUAAUAUAUAUGAAGCAUAAAAAGCACACAUACACAAACAUACACGAAAAGACCUUCUUAAAUGAAACGAAUCCACUUGUUAGGAAAGCAGAAGGAAACAAUCGCGCGGAAGAAGGUUCAUAAACUAAUGUUGUUAAUUUUUGCGUUAGAUAACUAUAGCUUGAAGAUUGAUUCAAAGUGGUAAUUCAUUGUCUCAAAAAAUCGAUUAGAAACAGACGAGUAUAAUUUUGUCCGUUAGAACUACGUGAUUCGAUAAGCGCGCGAUUUAUGAUUGAUUUCGACGAGUUAUGAUGCAAUCGCAAGAAAUGAUGGAACCAUCUACGCACCUGCUUGCGAGAAUGUUGUUGUACUGUGUAGUAAAUAAUGCUUUAAACCGGAUCUAAGAUUGAUAACGUUAGAAAUGUGAAAGGAAUAAACUGCAAUUUUGUGUUGCAAUACGAAA